UUCGCAUCCAAGGGCAUGCAAGGUUCUAACCGGUGCGGACUGCCUUUUCUGGUUAUGCCGCAAAACGAGCAAAUAACGCCCAAAGCAGUUGUUAAGAAGGCUUUCCCGAUUUCUCUGAUGCUAAAUUUUGUGACAAUUUAUCGCGUUGCACGUAGAGACUUGACUUUAAAGGCUUGUGGAAUGACUGGCCCUGCAACACCUGUUCGAUCCUAAAGUUAUACCUGGUAACCAAAAAUAUUAAUAUCGUCUUUGUGAACUUCGCAUAACACUUCGAAGCUGUGAAUUCCCGGCAGGUUUCUUUAGCUGGCAGUUAUGCUGCUAACCGGCUCCACCUUUUUGAGAGCUUUUUCUCUGGUCCUGUGCACACUGCCGUCAGUCAUGCCCGAUAAUCUUGCAUGCAGUGCACUCGCCGCGAAUUAUACUGCGGCACUGAAGGCCAUCGAUUCGCAGUACGACAUGGUCCUAGGACUGACGUGUCCUUCCACUAAACAAAAUGCACUCCACGCGUUCUUAUGCGACCCGGACAACACCACUGACACAUUACCUCUUUUCAAUGAUUUCUGCACAUUCGUCCAUUCCACGGGCCAGCUGGGCAUGGAUUUCUCUCGCCAGUGCCCGACUACGCCAGUCAAUAGACCUAUUCCGUUCGCCCCGGACGUUUUCCUGGCUAUCGCUACUUUAUGCGAAACCGGUGACCUUGCCAAAUACAUAAGGGCGGUGACACCCUGCAUCCGGAAACGAGAAAGUUCCCUCUUCAGAAAACCACGUGUACGCCCGCCCGGGAGCGGGGAUCCUGGAGACGAGUGGGGUUUUGAUAUGAUGGAGACCACGGAACCGUGCAGGUGCUUUCCCCGUAGGUUCAUGGUGAAUCGGCAAUUUCUUUGCCGGUUUCUGCAGGGCUUGCUAGCGUAUGCCAGUCACGACACGCCGUUUGUGGCGACCUGCGGACAAGAGACGCUGGAUAUCUUCCUGGAAAUGCGCGAGAAAGCGCUGUCAGCCCUUAAUUGUCCCGAAUUUGGGGACUAUGUUAGGAACUUUGAUUUCGGAAUUGUCCGGUAUCAAGAUGGCAAGAUGUUCGAUUUUGACCAAGCUGACAGUCAACCAUGGCAACACAAGUCUUCCGUGACUCUCCACGGUUUCCAAAAUUAAAUUAUUGUUACGUACAUCCGAAUGUUGCUGCAAGCUAAGUGUCUCCCGGUACUUCUACUAAUAACCAUGUACUUAUUUACUUAUUAUCUACUUCCUUACUUAUCCCAGUCAUACCUUUAAUAAGUAUCGUAGUACAAGUACAAACUUAGUACCAAAACAGAACAUUAUUAUAACAGAAAAACUUCCUCUAUGCUAUCCUGAUAGGGGAUAGUAUCCAUUACACACCCUUACGGCCUUACUUAUUAAUUUGCUAUGCUGUGCUGUUAACC